GUGUUGACUUAUGUGUGAUCGGUUGUCACAUUUAGAAAUAAAAAAAUGCGGAUGAAAGCUACGGUAUAAAGUUGUGGGCGGAGCUAGGUAUGAGGUAUUAAAUAAUGAGCACAGAGGGAAGAAGGCACAGUGAAAAUGGCUCUCUACCAAUUUCUGUGUGGUUCAGCGGUGAUGAUCAUCCUCUUAUCCAAUGGAUGUCAUUCACAACAGCAGCCAGCAUGUGGCCGGGCACCAAACAACCCCAGAAUUGUGGGAGGUCAAAAUGCGGCUGCAGGAAGUUGGCCCUGGGUAGCCAGUAUACAAGUGAAUGGCAAGCACCUUUGUGGAGGGUCCCUGAUCAGCGAUAUGUGGGUUCUGACUGCUGCUCACUGCAACCCAGAUCGCAACAUGAUGGUUGUUCUGGGCCUCGAACGCAUGUCUGGUCCAAACUUGAACAAAGUGUCAAAGGCAAUUGAUAAGAUCAUAGUCCAUCCUGCUUACGGCGACAUUUUCAACGAAUUUGAUAACGACAUGGCUCUUCUGAAGCUGUCGAGCCCGGUGAACUUUACCAACUACAUCCAGCCGGUGUGCUUGGCCUCUGCAAACAGCACCUUCUACACCGGUGUCAGCAGCUGGGUCGUUGGUUUUGGUUUCAACUCAAGCGAUGGCCCCCUAGCCGACACCCUGCAGGAAGUGAGGGUCCCAGUAGUGGGAAACAAUGAGUGCACAUGUGCCUACCACACUCUCACAGACAACAUGAUCUGUGCUGGGUUCAGAUCUGGAGGGAAGGAUUCAUGUCAGGGAGACUCAGGUGGACCAAUGAUGAUCAAAAAGGGUUCAGUCUGGGUCCAGAGUGGCGUCGUGAGUUUUGGACGAGGCUGUGCCUUGCCGAAGUUUCCUGGAGGUUACACCCGUGUGUCCCAGUACGAAGACUGGAUAAAAAAUCACACUGGCUCCAGCAAACCAGGCUUUGUUGACUACAUGUCCCAGGGAGUUGAUAGCGACUUAAACUUUGUCUGUCAAGCAAUCCCCACCCCCACCGAUCACCCCUAUCCCACCACCCAACACCCCUAUGCCACCACCCAACACCCCUUUCCCACCACCCAACACCCCUUUCCCACCACCCAACACCCCCAUACCACCGAUGACGAAAGUUUGUUUGGCAGUGGUGAGAGAGUGAUCUCCUCACUCGGUCUUCUCCUUAUGUCUCUCUAUGCGCUGGUCGGAGGCAUAUAAACAUGGAGAUGUUGGAGAAAGACAAGUUUAGGGUUUCUGUGCCCAAAUGGCUCAUUCACUUGAUUUGAUAUGAGCCCUCAUUGAUUUAUCUACUUCUUUGCCUUUAAUUUAAGUGUAAAGCUAAUCUUGAUUCAAUCUUUUAUAACAUAAAUGCAGACGAGUGGAUUGAUGUAAAGUUUGGGAAAAAGAUCAAUGACUUUGCAUUCUCCUGUGAAGAAAUGUUUUUCCAGAUAUAACGUAAUAAAAACGAAAUAAAUCA